CGUAACCCAAGAAGAUUGACGGAAGACAUAAAAAGCGCAACCGCACAUCGAAUGCAUGCUUCCCGUGUCAGUCCGAGACUCCGACCUGAUCCCGAAGACCCGAACCCACCGGCCAGGCCUCUCGCUCGCACUCCGCCGCCAAAAGCUUCGUUCGAUCGAGCAGCCUCGAUGCGGCCGGCCCGUACUCCGGCACCAGCGGGGCGCGGGGGACGGGCGCUCUACGAGCUGUACAGGGCGGCGAGCCGAGCGGCGGCUCCAGCGGUGCUUUUGUUUCGGCGGCUGCGCGGCCUGGAGCACCCGUCGCGGUGGCCGGAGCGGCUGGGCCGGCCGUCGGCGGCGCGGCCCCGGCCAGGCUCUCCGCUCGUGUGGUUCCACGCCGUGUCCCUCGGGGAGGGAAUGUCCGCGCUCCCCGUCGUCCGCCACUGCGCCCGCCUCCAUCCCGGCCUCCCCGUGCUCUUCACCACCACCACUCUCUCCUCCUUUGAAGUCAUCAAAAACUUGCUCCCCGAUGGUGUCAUAUAUCAGUUUGCUCCUCUCGACUGUCCUGAUGCUAUAGAAAGUUUUAUUGGAUACUGGAAGCCAAGUUUGAUACUUCUUAUGGAAAGUGAACUCUGGCCAAACCUUAUUUUGUCUGCAGCAGAGAGAGGGAUUGCAGUGGUUCUUUUAAAUGCACGCAUGUCAUUGAAGUCUUUCAAUCAUUGGUCCUUGCCUCUAGGGUUGCCGUUAGUCUCUCUGAUGCUCUCUAAACUAUCACUUAUUGUCCCAUUGAGUACUACUCAGGCUAUUCGUUAUCAGUUGCUACAUACACCACCAGGGAUCAUCCACUUUGCCGGCGAUUUAAAAUAUGCUGUUGGUGAUGUUGAUGCUGGGGACAAUGAGGUAAAUACAAUAAAAGAUCUUCAGAAGCAGUUCAGAAAUAGGCUCCUCUGGAUGGCAGCUUCUAUUCACAGAGGCGAAGAAGAAGUCAUUCUCCGGGUUCAUGAUGAGUUAAUCAAGUUGUAUCCCACCCUCCUCCUAAUUCUUGUGCCAAGACAUCCUCAAGAUAGCAAUAAUUUUUCCUUAGCACUGAAGAAACGGAAGGUCAAUUUUGUGCUAAGGUCAACAAGGGAAGUGGUGUCUUCAAACACUAGGAUAUACAUGGUUGAUACAUUAGGGGAAUUAAGAAUGCUCUACAGAGUCACCCCAUUAGCAGUUAUUGGCGGUUCAUUUUUGCCUGGCUUAGCUGGCCAUAAUAUUUCUGAGGCUGCUGCGGCUGGUUGUGCGGUAAUGACUGGUCCUCAUGUUGGACACUUCAACCAUAUGCUGGUCGAAAUGUGCCAAAUAAAUCCUUUAGCUGUCAAGCAGGUGACCGGAGAAUUCGAACUUCGACAGACGCUAACAAAACUUCUUUGUGAUUCCAAAGAUCUGGGAGCACGUCAAAGAGCUGCAAAAGAUGCAUUUUCCAUUAUGUCGGAUGGAGUUGUGAACCGUGUAUGGAAUUUAGUUUGUAGGUUCACUAUUGACUUCCAAACAGGCAUAUGGAAUAGUUGAUUGAGCUCUUCUUGUAGUAUCCGCGGGUCUGCGUGAGUCAAGGUGUCCAAAUGGGUCGGCAUGAGGCAUGGCAUUUUGGCCCAGCCCAAGCACGACAUGGUGGGGAACGGGCCGGGUCAGCAUGGCACGGUGGGUGGGUUGUGCCUGGGUUGGAGGUGCGGCGUGCUGGUCCACACGGUCCGAUUAAAUUUUUUAUUUUUUAAGAAUAUAUAUAAUUUAUUUAGAGGUAACAUCACAUAUAAAUUGUGAUGUAGUGAUAGUGCACUUUACUCCCGAGCACAAGGUCGCGGAUUCGAUUAUGAAUGUCACCUAUUUUUGACGUGGUAAUAGGCUAACAGGUCAAGAAAAUUUAUCGAGCCUACCAUGUCAUGGGCUGGUAUGGCACGGCCCGAUCAUAAGUGGAUUGUGUCUAGGCCUAAAGUUUGGUAUGCGGGUUGGCAUGGUAUGGCCUGCUUGUCUAACGGACCUAAACAGGUCGUGCCUAGCUGGGUCUGGGUCAUGCC